CACAGGACGAAGCUUCGGGCCAUCGGAUCGGGUUUGCCGGAAGACGGGUUUAACGGGCGGGGGAGCAAGAUAAAGAGAAUGGUGAAACUGAUGGUGACUAUGAACGCAACUGCUGGCUUUAAAGUAAGAAUGGAAUCCCAGUCAUCUCAUUCUCUUCCAAUUCCAUCUGAAUCACCCAAUAUGAUUGAAUCUGAAACACGUGAAGCUGCCACUAGUCGAAAACGAGCAAGGAACAAAUCAGCAGCACUUAAGCUCCCAGUUUCUGAAUCUCGAAGCAUCUAUUGGAGUCAUUGUCAAAAAGGGUCAAGGACCUUGUUGGAUGGCACUGUUCAACCAAUCGGAACGUGCACGUAUUGUCAAACGCAGAUCCCAGCGAGUCAUGGAAGUACCAGUGGGUUGAAAAACCACUUAGAGAAGAGGUGCAAAUCAAGUCCCUUGUACAAAGCAAGUGGAAGUGACAAAAGUCAGUCUGUAUUAACGAAUGAGACAAUGGGACAGGUCAGUGAAUUGGUGUCUCAUACUUUCAAUCAAAAAAGGUGUGAGUUGAAGGUUACUCAAUAUGUUAUUAUCGAUGAGAUGUCAUUCCGAGCUGUUGAAGGGAAGGGCUUUGUGAGUCUUGUGCAUGAACUACAACCAAGAUUCAGAAUCCCAGAUCGUAAGAAGGUGGCAGGUAUGAUUUAUGACUUAUUUUUAGUUGAGAAAGCUAAAAUAAAAAGUGUCAUAAGUGGGCAAAGGGUAAGUAUCACAACUGAUGCUUGGACUUCCAUACAAAACAUAAAUUACAUGGUUGUUACUGCCCACUUUUUGGACAGUGAUUGGAAAUUGCACAAAAGAAUAAUUAAUUUUACAAAAAUCACAAGUCAUAUUGGGGAAAAUAUUGGUAAGGUGGUUGAGGUGUGUCUGAGAGAGUGGGGGAUUGAAAAAGUAUUUUCGAUAGUAGUUGACAAUGCUUCUUCAAAUGAUACAGCUAUUGACUACUUGAAAAAGAGUGAAAAUCGAAAAUACAUUGAUGUUUGAAGGAAAGUACUUGCAUUUGAGGUGUGGAUGUCAUAUACUCAAUUUGAUUGUUAAGGAUGGUCUCAAAGAACUCAAUGAUUCAAUUGAAUCUAUAAAGAAUGCGGUUCUUUUCAUUCAUUCUUCACCAUCUAGGUUGCAUAAAUUUAGAGAGUUUGCCGUAUUAGCGAAGUUUUCUAAUACAUCAACUGUGCCUAUGGAUGUAAAAACAAGAUGGAAUGCAACUUAUAAAAUGCUUGAAGUUGCAUUGAAGUUUAGGAGAGUGUUUGAAAGGAUGGCUGAAGAGUGGUUACCAUUUAUGAAGUACUUUCGUGAAAAAAAUGAAAAGGGUAAAGUACGGGUAGGGCCUCCAAGUCAUGACAAUUGGGAGAAUGCUAAAGCUUUUGUGCACUUUUUAAAAAAGUUUUAUGAUGUAACCUUAGAGUUAAGUGCAUCAAAAACUCCCACCUCUCAAUUGCUUUAUCAAUCCAUGAUUGCACUACAAAUUGAGAUAGAAAAAAAGAAAAAUGACAAUUCUGACCCAAUUCUCAAGAAGGUGGCUAGUGCAAUGAUGUUGAAGUUUCAAAAGUAUUGGGGCGAGUGGAAUACUAUGAAUCCUUUAAUUUUUAUUAGCAAUAUUUUGGACCCAAGAAACAAGCUUCAGAUGAUUAAAGUCAGUAUCAAGAAGCUGCCAGCUACUUCUAUAAAGGUCCAAGAUUUUGUUGAUAAAGUCAAAAGUGACUUAGCGACUCUGUGGGCAGAAUAUAAAGGCAUAAAUGAGACCACUAAUGUUGAGCGGCAAAGUAUGCAAUUGGAGUUGGAAGGUGGAGAUGGUACUAAUAAUGCAGGUGAUGGUCUUUGGGAUGAGUUGUUUACCGACGUUGAAGCACAAAAUGAAGAAGAGCAACUCCAAGAGAUUUCUAAUGAGGUAGAUAAGUACCUAGCUGAUGAGAUUGAGAAGAGAUCUAAUCAAUCUUUUAAUCUUUUGGAGUGGUGGAAAGGAAGUGAAACUAGGUAUCCAAUUCUUUCAUUGAUUGCAAAAGAUAUUUUUGCAAUACCAAGUUCAACAGUUGCUAGUGAGUCUGCUUUUAGUUUAGGUAAAAGAGUUGUUGAUCCCUUUAGAAGCAGUUUAAGUCCUAAAAUGGUUGAAGCUUUGAUUUGUACGAAUGAUUGGUUAAGAGCAGAGGAUUUCAGCUUUUAUAAGGAUCCAACAGAUGAUGACCUUGACUUGUAUAAAGAGAUUGAAGAAAUUGAAAAGAAUGCAAAUGUGACUCAAGAACGUUCUCAGACUCAGCUGCCAGUAUGAAUGCAUGGUUGCCAUUGGAGCUCAAGGAAUGAUUAAACGAUAGCCAUGAGUUCAGUGAUCAUGUGGAUUUCAGAUUUCGAGCUGCUUCAUCUAUUUUGCUUUAAUGAAUUCUAUGCUAUAAUUUCAUUUAAAUAUGUACUUGAAUUGUUUUUUUGUCAGAUUUAAUGUGCUUUGACAUUUUAAAUUUGCAUUGCCUUGAUUCCCUUGAGCCUUAGAUUCUUGAAUAGGGUUGAACAUGAUUGUAAGUUUUUCAUAUUUUUUGUUUUAAAAUUGGUAUUUAUUGACUUCGGUCCUACAA